AGGAAACAAGUGUGACAACAGCAAGCCCUUCUAGCUCUCUCCCUCUCUCUCUCUCUCCUUAAACCACAGAGUCAAAUCGCUCUAAUAGAGAUGAAGCUUGAUAGAUCCGCCCAGGUGUAGGUGAAAUGGUAGAGCCUCAGGGACAAUAGAUGCGGUGCUCUUGUGCUGAAGUUCAGCACUGUGUCCUGAAGGGUUGUCUAGCAGCAGUGAGAUGGGUUGCUCUUUGCACAGUUAAAAAGUCAAUAAGCUUCUUCCAGCUUGUAUGUCUGACUAAUUUAGAAUGCAACCUGGAUCUAGGUGAGAGCUGCAGAACUGUCUCUUCUCAGUGCACGGACAGAGCACAGCACACAUUUCUAGAUUGUUUGAAGUGCUGCGGGUGUACCCUACAGGACCGAGGGCACCGAGACUCCAAUAUACAAGGACCCUACAGUAUCGUCUGCAGCAUGAGCUGGCUGAAUAGGAUUGCAUUGCUUUUCUUGGGAGUAUUACUAGCAGAAAGAGUGAACUGCCAGCAUGUGAAGAAUAACGUGCCAAGACUCAAAUUAUCCUAUAAAGAGAUGUUGGAAACCAACAAUGUAAUCACUUUCAAUGGACUAGCCAAUAGCUCCAAUUACCACACUUUCCUUUUGGAUGAGGAACGGAGUAGACUAUAUGUUGGAGCAAAGGAUCACAUAUUUUCUUUCAACCUGGUUAACAUCAAGGAAUAUCAAAAGAUUUUUUGGCCUGUGUCUCAUACCCGAAGGGAUGAGUGUAAGUGGGCUGGAAAAGAUAUUCUGAAAGAAUGUGCUAAUUUCAUCAAGGUGCUUAAAGCUUACAACCAGACUCACUUGUACGCCUGCGGAACUGGGGCUUUUCAUCCAGUUUGCACCUAUAUUGAAAUUGGACGACAUCCUGAGGACAACAUUUUUAAACUGGAGGAUUCACAUUUUGAAAAUGGACGAGGGAAAAGCCCCUAUGACCCCAAAUUGCUGACAGCUUCUCUUUUAAUAGAUGGAGAAUUGUACUCUGGGACAGCAGCAGACUUCAUGGGUAGAGAUUUUGCCAUUUUCCGAACUCUGGGGCACCAUCAUCCGAUCAGGACAGAGCAGCAUGAUUCCCGUUGGCUGAAUGAUCCUAGGUUUGUUAGUGCCCACCUAAUACCAGAGAGUGAUAACCCAGAAGAUGACAAAAUCUAUUUCUUCUUCCGUGAAAAUGCAAUUGAUGGAGAGCACUCUGGAAAAGCCACCCAUGCCAGAAUAGGGCAGAUCUGCAAGAAUGACUUUGGUGGACACAGAAGCCUUGUUAAUAAAUGGACAACUUUCCUUAAAGCACGCCUGAUUUGUUCUGUGCCAGGGCCCAAUGGCAUUGAUACUCAUUUUGAUGAACUACAGGAUGUGUUUCUAAUGAACUCAAAAGACCCCAAAAAUCCAAUAGUCUAUGGAGUGUUUACAACUUCCAGCAACAUCUUCAAGGGGUCAGCAGUUUGUAUGUACAGCAUGACAGACGUAAGGAGGGUGUUCCUUGGUCCAUAUGCUCACAGAGAUGGUCCCAACUAUCAAUGGGUGCCUUACCAAGGACGUGUACCAUAUCCGCGGCCAGGAACUUGUCCCAGUAAAACAUUUGGAGGCUUUGACUCUACCAAGGACCUUCCUGAUGAAGUCAUCACAUUUGCAAGAAGUCAUCCAGCAAUGUACAACCCUGUAUUUCCUAUCAAUAAUCGUCCAAUCAUGAUCAAAACAGAUGUGGAUUACCAGUUCACACAGAUAGUAGUAGACCGGGUCGAUGCAGAAGAUGGGCAGUAUGAUGUCAUGUUCAUUGGAACAGAUAUUGGGACGGUUCUUAAAGUGGUUUCAAUUCCUAAGGAGACUUGGCAUGAUUUAGAAGAAGUCUUGCUGGAAGAAAUGGCAAUCUUUCGGGAACCCACUGUUAUUUCUGCCAUGAAGAUUUCCACAAAGCAGCAACAACUCUACAUUGGCUCAGCCGCUGGAGUUUCACAGCUUCCUUUGCACCGCUGCGACGUGUACGGAAAAGCAUGUGCUGAGUGUUGCCUUGCUAGAGACCCUUACUGUGCUUGGGACGGCUCUUCGUGCUCACGUUACUUCCCCACUGCUAAGAGGCGUACUAGACGACAAGAUAUCCGAAAUGGAGAUCCUCUCACUCACUGUUCUGACCUGCAGCAUCAUGAUAACCCAAGUGGGCAGAGUCUGGAAGAAAAGAUUAUCUACGGAGUAGAGAACAGCAGCACUUUCUUGGAGUGCAGUCCAAAAUCUCAGCGUGCUCUAGUUUACUGGCAAUUCCAGAAGCAAAAUGAAGACCGAAAAGAAGAGAUAAAAGUGGAUGAUCAUUUCAUCAGGACAGAGCAAGGCCUUCUGCUACGGACCCUUCAGCGGAAAGACUCCGGCAUUUACUUUUGUCAUGCCGUGGAGCAUGGCUUCAUGCAAACUCUGCUCAAAGUGACUCUGGAAGUAAUUGAUACUGAACACCUGGAAGAGCUGCUUCAUAAGGAAGAUGAUGGUGAUGGCUCCAAGGCCAAAGAGAUUUCCAACAGCAUGACCCCUAGUCAGAAAGUCUGGUAUAGAGACUUCAUGCAGUUAAUCAACCACCCCAACCUCAAUACAAUGGAUGAGUUCUGCGAACAGGUUUGGAAAAGGGACCGCAAACAACGUCGGCAAAGACCCGCCAACGCCCAGGUGAAUACUAAUAAGUGGAAGCACCUACAAGAAAAUAAGAAAGGUAGGAACAGGAGGACCCACGAAUUUGAGAGGGCACCACGGAGUGUCUGAGCUGCAUUACCUCUAGGAACCUCAUCCAAGUAAAAACUUGUAUAGACAGAUAACUGGAAAAAAAUGCAAUAUACAUGAACUUUUUCAUGGCAUUAUGUGGAUGUUUACAAGGGUGGGAAGUUCAAACAAUUUCCACCAGGUUUAAAUAAAAUCAAUUUCUAAGUUUCCUAGCAGACCUUCCCCCACCAAUCCCCAGACAGAGUUUCAAGGAUGAAAACUCACCCUGGACCUAGCUUAUUGCUCAAUGAGUUCUGCAAAGAGUUCAUCAGAAAGGUUUUGCUUUCUCCUUUGCUCAAGAUAGAAAAGUGUCAUGUUUUAUGCUGCCAUUUAAAAAGAAAGUAAAACAGAACCCACCUUUCAUCAGCUGCGCUACCUUUCCUGAACUUAACUGAAAAAACUUCAUGAACUAGCUAAGCUGAUCAACAUCCCAACAUUUAGAUGGACGCAAGGCUUUUUUAUUUUAUGGCCUACCGGGUCUCUUGCUUAUAUGUACUGGAAAGGUAAAAACAAUACUGAAUGAGAUGGCCUGUGGAAAUCUGAACAGCAUGAACCAGCCAGCAUCCAGAGGGAAAAAAAGAAAAAAGAGUGGAGUACACUGGCCUACUACUGAUGACUUCUUUCAUCUUUGAUUUAAAGAUGUAUUUUAUUAAAACUAUAAUUUAAAUGUACCAUGACGAAUAUGCAGUAAACGUUAGCUCUUUUCUAAAAUAGAAUAGGCUUUUUGUCUUAGAAAUAUUGUACUUUCUAAUUAUUGGUUUAAAGUGUGUGUGUGGUGGGGGGGAGGGAACAGCCAAUGACAAGCUGCUUUAUUCUUUUGUUUGGAAAUUCUUUCAUGGCAGUAACACUGCAGCUAACCCCCUUGCCUCUACCCUGACAUUCUAUAUGACAAGUAACUUCUACGCUAUUUAACAUGAACGUCUCUGUAUAGCAUGGAAGUUUUGGGAUUCUCCCCCUCCCCCAAAUAUAGUACACCGGACCCUCACUAGAACGUGGGAUUUGGGAUCCAUGCGCGGUACCGCGUUAACGCAGGGACCGCGUUAAAAUUAAUUGCAAUUAAAGUAAUUAAAUUUGGGAUCCAUGGCCGCGACCGCAUUAUAUGCGAAAUCGCACUAUAUAGACGCGCGUUCUAGCAAGGGUCCGGUGUAUAUGAAAAAAUUCAGCUUGUAUAAUAUCUUGAUACGAAUAGAUUGAACCAAUGACGAGAAAAUCAUCUAAAUACUGUAGCUCAUACACAGCCAUUAAUCCAUGAGCAAAAUUGUUCAGUUCAAAAGGAGUUUCACUCACAACUCAGUGGUAGGAUAUUGUCCAAAAUUGAUUCCUAGGCCCUUAUGCGGCCUCUCUGCAUGGGGCCCUAGGGGUCCAUUUCACGUGUGGGUUGAGUCCCCUGCUGUUAUAAAUUGGCAUAUUGAAGUAUAUGAGGUUACAGCAGUGGAAAACUUGGAUCACUAUAUAUUCAACAGGGCUGCAGGAUAAAGUCAGGUACAGUGUAAUUGUACUAUAAGAAUCUCCAUUUUAAGGAUCUAUGAAUAAUGGUUUUGGUCCAUCCCAGUAUAGAUAUGUCCCAGUUUUGCUGAAGUCCAUCAUUAGCUGUCCUCUCUCCCAUAUCUCAUCUCACUAUGGUCUGCAAACGCCUGGUGGCAUAUGCAUAACUUCGAUUCAUGUCGGUGAGGAGGAGAUUACUAGAGCCCAUGUGAUAUCCUUGGUUUGCUAUAACAGCUUUAUAAAAGGGUGCCCCUUGUUCUGAGGUUAAUAACCAGCCUCUUUUACUGUUAUUCACUGCAACUUGCUGCAUUUAUUAUUCACAAUAUUAUCUGCAUUCAUGCAUACAGUGCAACACAACCUGCUGUCGCACAGCCUCUCUCACAACGUGAUCCAAGUCUCUUUACCACUCAAUAAAAAAACAAAACAAAACAAAAAAACACAACUCUUCUUCCUAAUUAGUGAAGUAUAGUUUCUAACAUCUGUAGCAAUGAGGUUUUCAUUAAGGGCCCAAUCCUACAAGCCCUCUGUGUGGAACUUGAAUCAGUUUCAGAGAUGUUGUGAACAUGGAGGGCUCAUGGGAUCUAAAUGCACUAAAGCAUCCAAAUUUGCUACCAUUUAACUUAGUGGCAAAACUCCAUUAAAUGAUGCAGGAUCAGGUUCUAUAAGUCCCAGAUUCAGCAAAGAAAUGACGUGUUUAACUUGAAAGCAUGCACGUAAGUCCUUCUCUUUUCAGCAUAGCACUGAAGUAUAUGCUUAACUUGACUUCUAUGGGACUUAAGCAUGCUUAAAAUUAAGCAACAUGUGCAAAUGCUGUGCUGAAUAUGAUGAACUUAAGCACAUGUUUAAGCAUGUGCUUACAAGCUCUCUUGUAUCAGGAUCCUACAUGAGCAUUAAUUUCUCAGCUAAGUGUUUAAAAUUCAUCGCAGCUUAUCAGCUGAAGUAUUUUGUUGUACUUAUAGAUCAUUGUUCGGCCUAUUAAGGCUACUUUGUAUCACCAAGUCAUUAAAAUCAUUUUAAAUGUUUUCCCCUUUAGCAAAGAGGACUUCCAAAGCCCACUGAAAUCAAAGGAAAGGCUCUGACUUCAAUGGGCCCCAAAUGAUCCAAUCUGCUGCUUUGUAUGUUUCAUGGUUACUGUCACUUAUUAUUUUCCCCUCAACUGUGUUCCUUUUUAUAACAGCCUAUUGAAAAGAAGAUUAAUUAGAGAUUACAUUUGAAAACUGGCAUUCCUUCACAGAAAAAAAAACCUCUCUGUAAAACAUAAUUCAUUCUGUAAGAGCAAAAUUACAGCAGCCAGGCGGUUUUGCCAUAUGAUAAAUGUUUAACUAUACAAAUAAAAGGGUCAGCCCCUGCAGAUUUCAACGUACACGUACACUCCUUGACAUAAUCAGUCCGCUGAAGUCUGUGCAUCUACUCGCAUAAGGAAAGGCUGAAAGGAUCAGACCCAAAGAUGAAACAGUUGAUUUUCAGGUUGAUGUUAACCAGAGUGCACUCAAACAGGAAUUUGCGUGAGUUACAACAGCAUCUGAUAUUAUUUUAAAUGAACUGUUUUCAAAGACCAUCGGCUGUGACAAAUUUGUUCAUAGAAGGAUGACCUACAAUUUUGACCUACACACAUCCUGUUUGUAUUUUUUCUUUAUAUGUCACAAUGUUGCAAAUAAAAGGAAACCAUCACUUUAAAUCACCAACAAAAACAUCACUAAACCUCCAGUUCCAAGCUUUAGGUGAACCAAGUAGAAGGUUAUAUUUAAGGUGGAGAGAAAUAAAGGAUUUUGUUUAUAACCAGGAAACACUAUUGAAAUGUGUUUAAAGAUAGAAAUUUGCAAGAAUUUUUUUUAUAUCGUCUUACUAAACUACCCUUGGCAUUUGCAUGGACCGCUGCAGAUGGGAGUUCAAUAGCUCAUAAUGACUGUAUGGUUAUGUUAAACUACAGUAUCAAGCUAUAUUUGCAGAACAGAGUUAACCUUUGAUGGCCCAAAUGAAGUCACUAUGUAAAAAAAAAAUUAAAAUGCAUGUGAAUGCGCAUUUACGGAUCCUUUUUUAUGUAUUAUUUAGUGAAUAUCAAUGGUAUGUGUUUAAUAGUUCAGUUUUUGCUACCUACACAUUAGCCAAAAGAGAUGUAAAUAUUUUUGACUAGGGUAAGGAGGUACAGUAUAAAGUACUGCUAUCUAGAGGUACUCCAUUUCAAUGUGUUCAACACAAGACUAAAUUGCAAGGUUUUGUCGCACAGUUUAUAGCGUGGUUUAUUUGCUAUUUCGGUGCCAAAGUUAUGUGCCACUUUGUAAGCACAUUCCUCACUGGGUAGUAAAUAAUUCUACUUCCGUAUUUAUCACUGCAAUUCAGACGGGAACUAGAAAACUGGAGAGAAAAAUGUAAUGAAACUGCUGCUGUAAAUUAUUUCUUUUAGCAUGUAUUCAGUUGUUAAAUAAACAUUUCUUCAAAAGAGUUGA